AUGGCCCUCCCCAACCUACGCAACAUCUUCGCCUCGUUCCGCUCUCCGCUCGAAGAACGCCAGAUGUCCCGCUCAGCGUUCUACAAGUUUCUCGGCUUCAUACUCGUAUCGACUAGCAUGAGCCUCGUCGCGCUCAGUCACCACAAGCGGUUGAUUGCGAGUUGCGGCGGUGGAGUGCGCGAGGCUUAG